AUAUGAACAGGGUUCUCGAGUUGUCUAGGACGAACCCAUUGGAGGGUGUGGUCCUUGCCCUGUCUGCCCUCGAGCCAUCAGAUACAGUCCUCGUCUCUGGCCUCAAUGACACCACUCAAGAUGUCCUCGUCAAGUUGAUGCUGGCUGAUUAUAUCAAGCAACACGACUCUGUUGAAUCUGUGAAGCGGAUCUCUCCCACCCACGCAUUGGUCAUCUUCAAGUCCCCUAACAGUGUUCAGAAAAUGAUAAGCAUGACAAGCACUCCACUAAUUGAAGUUGAAGGAUUGCAACUUUAUGUGAAGGAGCACUAUCCGUUUAUGGACAUUAGUGAAAUACUUGACCCAUCCUCAACAAAACAAGAUGAUCCUCUGAAGCCUAACGAUCCCCCCACCCCCACCAGUACCCAGGUGGUGGUACACAGUUCACAGAGGGACCCACUCACGGAAGAGAAACACUUUUAUCUGAAGAACAGCCUCCCUGAGUUCAACGAUGCUCUGCAAUCACUGAAAGCGUGUGCUGAUAUUGAGAAAGUUGGGAAGGAAUAUUUUGUGGUGAUUUCACCUCUUAAAGGCUCUGGCAGUAUUGAUGAAUGGAAGGACAAAGUUGCUGCAGCUCUACAAAAACACUUCGAAGAAUUAUCGAUUGAGACGAUUAAUUUUCCAAAUAAGGAGGCAAUGGCAGAUGUCUUAGUUUUAAUUUACGAUCAAAGAGAUUCGGUUCUAGUCGCUGAGAAGAAUCCCAACUCCUUUGUUAUAGCUGGUCACAAAGAAAAUAUUAUCAACGUUUAUGAGAAAGCAACAGAAAUUUGUAAACAAUAUCAAGUUACUAUUCGUGUGAUAGAGCUCCCUCGGAAACGUGUGAAAUUCUUGGAAAAGUUCUACCACCACGAGUUCCAGAAACUAGUUAAUAAAACAAGUGUUCAUGCCAUUCAGUUCAACACAGACAAUGGAUUGAUUACUGUAACAGCCAAUCCCCCCGGCCACACCGAAGUUGACGAAGUGGUUGAGCAAAAGAACACACCAGAAGAGAAAUCGUUACAGAUGUCUCAGAUGGCCUAUAAACUACUUUCCUCUCAAAAAGGUGCGGAAAAGUUAAAUAGUAUCUCUGGUCGACAAAUUGUGUACCAUAUGGAACAAGUUCAAAUCCCAGGUGAUGUGCAGUAUUAUAUUCGCUUUCUCUCUAAGGAUGUGGAGGUUCUAAAGAAGGUUAAGGAAAGUGUGAAGUUGUAUGUCCAUGAGGUGGCGUUUGAAACACUCAGUGAAAAGCAUUUUGUGUCCGUUACUGCUCAAGAAGCUUCAAGCUCGAUUAUCGUUACCGGUGAAAAACUUGCCUGUAAUGACAUCAGUAAAAAGGUACAGAGCUUUCUAGAGAAGCACACUAACAUUGAGGAGUGUGUGACAGUCAGUCAGAGCGAAUGGUUUGUUGUAAAGGGAAAUUUUUGCAACGAGGUUAAAGAAAUAAACGAUCAAUUGAAGAAGAAGCAAGUCAAAAUCGAGUGGCCUAAACCUAAUCUUAAUGUGUCUUCCCUUCCGAUUGUUAUCUCUGGAGAGCCUGGGGUGGUGGACGACAUUAAGGAACAAAUAUCACUUCUCUUAAAGAAGGUGUGCAAGAAGGAGUCACGCAUCACUGGUGUGCCAGCUGCCGUGCAUGUGCUCGAGAGUAUGGAAGACAAACGGGGUCUCCUAGAAUCAGAUGAGAAAGUUCAGAUCGAAGUAACUCUUGAAAAUGAUGAUACUAACGAGGAGCUAGAGGCAGCUGCUCAAGUGGAAGGUGAACUCCCCCGGCAAGUGUGCGCUGGGACUUCCCCCAGUGGAUCACGGGUGUCCGUUUACACUGGAGACUUUGCCCAAAAUGCUCCCGUAGGAGUUAUUGUGAAUUUCAUCACGUCUGAUCCAAACACACAAGUUGGAUGCCUCAAACAUCUCCUUGAAUCUGGAGGAGCUGAUGCAAUGGAAGAUUUUAAACGAAAAGUAUUGCAAUGCAUGAAGCUUAAACCUGGUAAGGUGUUCAGGACACGUCAUGGGCAGCUUAAGUGCUCACAGCUGGUUCACUGCGUCUUGCCAUCUUGGAGAACUGCUACAGAGACUGAAGCUAACAAAGAGUACUUCCUCGAAGAAGCUUUGUACGAUGUUAUGAAAGACACUGCACACACUGGGUCUAUUCUGAUCAUCCCUCUGACCUCUGCCCCCCUCCACUAUCCUGUCAACACGUUUGUACGACUCGUCAUGGAUGCUGCUACUCACCAAACUAGUUCAAAUCUGCAAGUCUCCGUCUAUGUCGAGGAAUUUCAUCAUGCCAACGAGUUUCAGGGUGCUUUUCAGACAAGGAAGUACCAAAUUCAUCAGAAGGUACCACUGGGUUCACCAUUGCUGGCUGCUAAGAAGGAAAGACCUUCCCCUCUGGCUGCUAGUGUCAAGACAAUCGCCAGUAACCUUGGUAACUUCAUCACUAUAGUCAACGGAGACCUGCUACAACAACAGGCUGAUGUGUACAUCAACUCCACCAAUACCACACUCAACCUGAAGCAAGGACAGUUGUCCCAGAUCCUACUAAAGACCUGUGGUGAUGAAUUACAGACAGAGUGCUCAGAGUAUGCUCCACUGAAGCCGGGGCAGGUGGCAGUCACAGGCGCCAAAAACUUGAAGUGCAAUCAACUCUUUCACAUUGCUCUGCCUGAUUACAAAACAGCCAAUUCUGAGAGGGUUUUUCGAGAAACGGUUCGACAGAUUCUUCGCAUAGCCAAGAGCAGCAGUGUGUCCUCCAUUGCUAUCCCAUCACUCGGUGUGGCUAAUCUUGGCUACCCUGAGAACGUGUCAGCUAAAAUCCUGUUCCAAGAAGUCAUCGCUUUCCAUUCCCAGUACCCAAGUUCCAUUCAGAAGUUCAUCUUUGUAAUCUAUGAGAAGAAUGUGUUCCAAGCGUUCAGCAAAGAGUUCGCCCAGCAAAUGAGUGGGGAAUCGACUGUACAGGCAUCUCCAAUGGCUUCUCUCCCAGUAACCCCGCCCAUUGGGAGCACCACCCUCAUAAUAGCUCAGGGAAAUAUUGCCGAGGAGUCGACUGACAUCAUCGUUAACACUACCUCUGAGGAUAUGACACUCAACAAAUCCGCCGUUUCCAAGGCAAUUCUUGAGAAGGCUGGUGAUGAGCUACAGAAGAUAUGCAAACAGUAUGUUGAAAAUGGAAUGCGAUUGGAUCACGGGCAAAUUGUUGUUACAUCAGCUGUUGGGAAGCUCCGCUGUAGAAAGAUAAUCCAUGCCCACGUACCUCACCAAGGGUCAAUAGCAAUGUCAUCCACUCACCACUGCCAGCUCAUUGAGAAGAUUGUUAUUGACUGUCUACAAAAAGCCGAACACGAGAAAACAAAAUCGAUAUCUUUCCCAGCCUUUGGUUUGGGAGGGGGUGGUUAUUCGGUUGAGCAAGUAGCCGAGCCGAUGCUCAAAGCCUUUCAGAAGUUUGGGCAGACACAUCCACAAUCUGUGAAAUUGAUAAGAGUAGUUCUUUACGAUCCAGAACUGUACAAGCAGUUCAAUGAUUUCUACUACAAAUUCUUUGGUCGCAGUCCAUUAGAUCCCAGUCCACCACCCCCUAUAGCUAGUUGGUGGAACCCCUUUGCCAGUGGUAGUCAUAAGGUCAACAGCGAGGGUCAAGAGAUUCAGGCAGGAGGUGUGGCUUCACUUAAGGCUCCACUCCUUCCACAAUCCAUACCAAACUCCACAGUUAUCUUCACAAUUUUUGCUGCCUCCGAUGCCCACUGUGAUAAAAUUGAGAAAGAUUUUACAAAGUUAAUCAAAGAAAACUACACAACGAAAAAAAUUGUGAGUACCCACAUUGAACAGCUGAUUGAUGACGAUUUUAAAAAUAUAUUUCAAAUCGGGAAACAGCAUGGCGUUCAAGUGAAAAUGGUGGUCAAAAUAAAUGAGAUUCACAUUUCUGGGGAGAUAUCUAAAGUUAAGGAAGCUCACAGUGAGAUUCAACAGAUUUUGAGGGAUUUCUCCAUGAUUGAGCUUUGUGAUUUUGAGUGGUUGAGUGUAGACGAUGAUGGGAGGUAUAACGCCUACCCCCCAGCGGCUAACAUGAAACUAGAGCGUGCCUUUAACAAGGAUCUGAAUGCUAUUGAACUGAUUGUGAACAAUGUUGUCGUGGUAAUUGAUAUCCAAAACAAAAUGGAAACGGACAAGACAACUGGAAAGAGAAGGAAUAUUAUGCGUGCUAAGAAUGUUAUGGCAUCAGUUGACUUCCCCCCCACAUGGGAGACCCCCCACAGCACGGGUGGUAAGAGAGAGCCAAUGACCAGGAUUGAAGUGGACUCAGGGACACCAGAGUAUAUAGAGGCAGUCAAAGAGUUUGAAGAGUCACUGAGAAAAGGAGGUGUCAAAUACUCCAUCGAGAAGGUUGAGAGGAUUGAGAAUAUAACUGAGUAUGCCAAACACGUUGCCUUGAACGACUCCAUCAGAGUGAAACACAAGAAAGACCCUCUAGUGAAGAGGCUGUUUCAUGGGUCCAAGAAAGAUAGCAUUGUACGAAUUGCAGUACAGGGAUUCAACAGAAACUUUGCUGCCGAUGCAAAUGCUGCUUACUACGGGACGGGAGUGUACUUUGCAGUGGAGUCUUCCUACUCUGCCCAGAACAAGUAUUCAGUACCUGACUCGAGUGGCCUCCGGUACAUGUUUGUGUGUCAUGUGAUCAUCGGAGAGUAUACCCUAGGCAACAAAGACAUGAAGAUAGCCCCUCCACUGACACCUGGCUCCAAUGCAGUUUUUGAUACUUUAGUCAAUCAUAUGAAGCCUCCAACUAUUUUUGUAGCCUUGACUGAUGCCCAGGCUUAUCCCGAGUACCUUAUCACAUUCAAAAAACUUAAAUAAAGUGUCUCUAGGUUUUAUAGGUAAAGUAGGUAUAUAGAGACUGUUUAGUGGAACUAAUUUCUAGCCUGAGGCCGUUGACUGAAUUUAUGUUGGUACAAGUACAAU